CUAUAUAAUGCGCAAUCAGUUGCACACCCACGCGCACGUGGUGAUCGUACCAUUUCCAGUUAACAUUAAGAAGCGCUUUGUAAAAUAUUCAUCUGUCACUACUCCUACUGCUAGGCCUAGCGUAUAUUACUAGAAUUCAAAGUCGGCAGCUUCGGCACAAAGACCAACGACAACUCUAAAAAUGAGUACCGCGAAGGCUUCCAUGCAGGGCGGCCCAACGUCCACCGCCCCCACAAAGAUUCCGAAAAAGCGGCCGCUGUCGUCCUCCAACGGCCACGCGGUGCAGUGGCGCACGAAGGAGGAACGCACGGCGGAGGAGGAGAACUAUGGCGUGUUCAGCUGUUACAUUCUGAACUGUUGCAUGAAUUUGUGAUGCAAGAACGGAAAAGGUGGACGGGGUGACCUUGCGCGUCUUGCAUGACAGAUUUGGAACACUUUCUCAGCCUGAUUGGCCCUUCAAGAAUUUGUCAUGCGAAGCAGCUUGACCAUGUCGAUUCUGAUUGUAGUUUUGCAGGACAAAUCAUAUACCUGUUGAGAAUGUAACAUUUGAGAACGUCAUAAGAUCCGAAAGCAGGUCCUGGCGAAUUCAAACAUGCGAAAACUGAACCAGACUAGUAGUACAGGGAAUAACAACAUAAGUACAACGACAUCGAAGAUGAAUGCUCGUGCUGGAAAUAAUCUAUGAACUUGAAUUGCAAAAGUGCCGUACUCGUAUAAAUGCAGUACAAAUUUCCUCAGCAUGAGAAAUGAAAUCUGUAAAUGCGGACUUACCUUGGGAAAAAAAUUUGCAAUGCAUGACUGCAAUUACUACGAGUGCGAUACUUUUGCACAGGAUGUAAUCCAAAUGCCAACGACAUCACGAUGUCCUUUGCCAUGGACCCGGAGACAGCGGAUUUGGUGGACUAUCAACUGCAAAUAUGUCUGGGUCUGGAAACUUGUGAUGCUGUUUGGCGAAUCUUCAUGUGGACGCCUUCAUCGACAGCCAAGCAUGACAGGUUUUGGAAUUGCAAUUGCUAUAGUCUUGUCUAUCUGCAUGACAAACUACUGCGUUUCUGCAUGACAGAGAAGUGUGGUUUUUGGUUGGCGCGCAUGACAGACUUGAGAGCCAUGCCAGACUAACAUGACAAAUCUCGCAAUCUCCCAGACCCGGACAUUUUUGCAUUUGAUAUGGACAUGGUGAACGCAAAUUCCGCCACUUCGGUGGAGGAACAGCUGAUCGAAGCAUUGAAGACGAAAGUGAACAUGCUGGAAAACGAGAACAAGAUGCUUCUGACUAACGCAGGAAACAAAACUUCACCGGCUGGUCAAAUUGCAGCAGGAGGUGUCGCUCCCACGUCCUCCAGUUCCGACGUUUAUUUCAGCGGAGGACCAGCUGCAACAGCAGCCCCCGCGCAGAACUCAAAUCCUGGCAUCGCAGACCCGCUGAACCUGAAGUGGGCGCCGGCGCACACGGAGAAGUUGGUCCUGGCACUGCAUGAGUCCGAACAGAAGAACAAGGAACUGCUGGACACUAUUGAGACGCAGAAAUUAGAGAUCAAGAAGCACUCCAAUGAGCUGGUCGAUUGCAAGGAUAACCAAAUCCCCAUGUUGAAGAAGCACCAAGAGGUGUUGAAAACGCGGAUUGCGGAACUGGAAAAGCAGGCCGUGACGGACUUGAACCGCAUCCAGGAGCUCGUCGAUGCGAAUAUCCUGUGCAACAGAUGAUGAAAUAUCGCACUCGUAUGGGUUGUCUACCUGAAAAUGCAUUAUUUACAGAUUCCGUCUUUCAUUUUUGAUGCGCUUUAGUAUAAAUAUUAGUGCGAUACUUUGAUUUGGUUUUGCAGUGCAUAACGAACCAGAAGCAGCAAAAGGAGAUGAAGAAGCAAACCAUCCUCUGUGACGAGCUGAAGAUUGAGAAUCGGGAGUCGACGAAGCGGAUCACAGAACUGCAAACCGACGUGGACUCCAACGUGAUGGGCCGUACGCAUCACAAAUUUCAAUUCUCCAAUUCAUCACCGUGCAUCGACGAUAAAGAAACAUGUACGAUGACAAUUUUUGCCACUGUCUGAAUCUGAAACUACGCAGGUGAACUUGUACUGCUGAGUGAGCUAGUGCAGCUAUGCUGGUCAGAACCCCUCUUGUCAAAUCGCAAUUGCACGCGCGCACGCCAGAACGGUUGAAAUUUGCCAUGCAUAAGCCGCAACCGAGUGGAGCAGGAGUUAAACACGCAAUUGUCGGCGAAGUCAGGAAAGUUGUCCGACUUGGAGUUGGAAAAGAAAGAGUUGGAGAUCAUAAUAUGCAAAACAAAAUAAGUACUACAACUACUACCAAUAGAUACCGUACAACACUCCGGAACAGGAGCGGAGAAUCAAUAAAGUGGAAACAAAUUCUUGUUCCGACAGGCUAGAGAAAAAAAGCGACUUUGUCAUGCCGAAUGAAAUCGGUUCUGUCAUGAAUAAAACUGGCCGCCCUCUAUACCCAGUAUAUAAACUUGUACGGUAAAAAUUUUCUUCCAAAGUGGAUACCUCAUCGCGGAGAAGGACAAGCAAUUGCAGAAGCUAUCGAACAAAAAAGUGUUAGCGUUAACGGAAACGGUUUUCAUACAUUGCGAAUACACAUAGCAAAUUUUGCCCAGGAUGCAUGCCAUACAUGACAAAUUUGGGAACGUUUUGCGAUGCAUUACUGCGUGACAAAUUCAAAUUCCGUUAACGCUAUACACUUUUUCUUCUGAUAGAAGCUGGACAGUUACCAGAAAGCACUGCUAAUGCCUGCCGGGGAGAAUUUGCUGUUGAAGCAGCUGUAUGCUCUGCAAAAGUAUCGUACUCGUAGUACUUCUUGCACUUAUGCAUUACAAAUUUUUUUGUUUUCUUACGGUAAAUCCGCAUUACAGAUUUCAUUUCUAAUGCUGGGCUAAUUUGUAUUGCAAUUACAACUACUAGUACGAUGCUUUUGCACAGGAUAAGCUGCAAGAUUUGAGGAAGGAGCAGUCGCAGACCAUGUCCGCCCUCCAAGCCAAAGUCUCGGACUUGGCGGAAAUCAACGACAAGUGCAUUCUAUGCAUUUUUGCAAAAGAUCUAUCGCAUUAGGUUGUAAUUGCAUCACAAGUCAUUUAAGUUUCCAAGAGAAAAAGAAAUGAUACUGAACAAAAACCGGAUACAUCAUGCAGACUCAGGUAUCAACGCACGCCCGUCAUAAAACAUACUUACGUGGCUGCAAUUCGUCACAUUAAUGCGAUAGUUCUUUUACACAGGAUACACCAGGUACGAAUCAUACCAGAAAAAUUUACUAUCCGAGAUCGCGUCGCUGAAACAGGAGCUGCAGACGAAAACGGAAUUUUCGCAGUUACUGCAGCAGAAGAAUCAGAUGCUGGACCUGGACCAGAUGGAGAAGAAGCAGCAAGGCCAGCUAUCCGCAGUAAAGUUGAUCCCGAAAUUAUCCCAUCCGCAUUGUAGUCUACUUGCAUGACCACGAUUUAUUUUUGUCCGCAUUGUAGUAGUGACAUAAAUGACAUAGACAUUGACAAGUCGUGCCGAUCGUGAAGCUAGGAAAAUUUGUCAUGUAUUUUGUGCGUGAGUGUGUAGUUCAUCGGGAAUAAUUUGUAUUGCAUACCAGCUCAUCGAACAGUACAAGGCAGAACUGUUGUCCAAACAAGCUUAUGCAUUGCAAAAGUAAAAGUAUCGGACUAGUAGAAUUCGCAUGAAAAUUUUGCCACAAGCACGAUGAAAAUAGGCGCAAUCUGUAACAACAUGCAUGUAGUGUAGGUAGCAAAAGCCCAGAUCUGUGUCUGUCAAGCGAGGCUGUACGAGACUGAUACUUUUGCAUCGGAUAAAUCCCUGCUGCAGAAGCAGUACGAGCUGAAUGACGAAUUGUCUGCUAGGCUGUACUCCGUCUACGAAACUGUACCGGCGGAAGCGGUCGAAGCUAUCACGAGAAAACGUGUUAAUAACGUCAACGGACUUUGUGAUGCAAGGGCGCAUGCGUAGACACAAGAUAAAAUUGAAAUCUGUAGUGUGUAGCAUCCAUGGUAGGCAAAAUAUGUUAUCCCUGCCUGCAAUCUGUGAAGAUCGUUGGUGGCGUUAGGAGCACGUUUUUGGUUGAUAAACGCGUGGCUAGAGCCAGAAAGAAGGAAAAGAAAGGAGUCGGAAGCCGUGGCAGAAAUGUACUUUUCCACCUACUGUCAUAUUGAUCUAGUGAUGUUUCUCUGGUGCUCAUGCAUUUAUGUGGAGGACCACGUGUUAUCCAACUUACCACACAAAAUCAAGCAAGAACCAACACACAGCUACAAGGAGGAAGCCAAGCGGCUGCAGACCGAUCAAGCGUCUCUCUCCAUCGAGGUGGCGCAUUUGCAGACGAAGCUGACGGCGGCUUCGGAACAGGAACAGCGGUUACAGAAGAAAGUGGUCGAGCAAACCAUGCGGAUCGAGGAGUUGUUGGGAACUGGGGCAUGAGAACUGGUUAAAACGCAGGAAGAACGGAGGAUUUCCUGUAAUAAACAGGAACAACAGGAAAAGGAACGAGUCAACACCAGCACUGAAGCCUUAUGCACAGCCUUGUGCCUGCUUGUUGAUGUUAGUUUGUAUUCUACCAGAACAGAGAGCUCCUUUUUCGUUCACGAAAGUAGAAUGGUUUUGUCCUAUUGAUGUCACGUUACGACCUUGAAAAAACGAGUUGAAAAUAAAAGUCAAAUCCAGACUGGUGGCUCAUUGGUCACUAUGCCGUCGAACACUGAUGAAAGGAAUGCUCCCUCAACUGUGUGAACUCUUGACCGGGCAGAGGCACGAUCUACUUACUUGAAGCUAUUUUUUUUCCAACGAAAACCGGAACCGAACAAGGAAACGCAGCGGGCCU